AUGGAGCAAAGUGAACCGGUCUCGAUGGACUCUGAUUUUCCGGCGAAGAAGCUAGCAAGGCAAUUGGACUUUUUCGAGAUGUGUAGAGCGUCAGCAAAUGGGAUACUGUCGGAUCAUCCACAGGCUCAGUUACAGUCUAAAUUGCUAGCAAUGGCACGGCCGCAAGCAACAGCAAAUCAAUCAGUUCCACAGUUGAAAUCGAAUCCACAAGCUCAACCGCAACUGACGCUGGAACAGGUUGUGCCGAUAGCUCCGCAGGUGGCUCAACCGUGGGUGGCGCAUCCAAUGCAGCCCCUAUCCCGGCCGACAUUGCAAGAUAUCAAGACAGAGUCUCCACAAUCACGAAAAAGGUGUAGCACGGAAUUGAAGGAUGGUACUCCAAAGAAACAGAAGCAGUGUAAUUGCAAAAGUUCUCGUUGCUUAAAGUUGUACUGUGAAUGUUUUUCUUCUGGGGUUUAUUGUGCUGGUUGCAAUUGCACAAAUUGUCACAAUAUUGUUGAGUAUGAGGCUACUAGGCAAGAGGCAGUUAGAGCAACCUUAGAGAGAAAUCCAAAUGCAUUCAGACCAAAGAUUGCUAACAGUCCACAUGGAGCAAACGUCGGCAGGGAAGACACAGGUGAGGUUACAAUGGUUGGGAAACACAACAAAGGAUGUAACUGCAAGAAAUCUGGGUGUCUGAAGAGGUAUUGUGAGUGUUUCCAGGCCAACAUUUUGUGCUCUGAAAAUUGUAAAUGCAUGGACUGCAAGAACUUUGAAGGAAGUGAAGAGAGAAAAACUCUUUUUCAUGGUUACCAUGCCAAUGUCAUGGCCUCUAUCCAACAGGAGGCUAAUGCGGCUAUUAAUAGUGCUGUUGGAUAUUCUGUUUUUGGGACGUCUACAGAAACCAAGAGGAGGAAUUAUCGACAACUAAUAUUUGUAUCACGUUCCAAUGAUCAACCUAAUAACAAGAUCGCACAAUUUCAGCGGGAACCUUGUUUGACAUCAUUGGAUGCCUCUGCUUCCCCGGUACGUUUGCCUGGCUCUGCUACUGCAACAGUGUGUGGACCUUCAAAGUCGACAUACAGGUCUCCAUUAUUAGAUGUUCUCCUGGCACAGGAUGUGAAAGGGCUUUGCUCUCUUUUGGUUGUAGUUUCAGCUGAAGUUGCAAAGACACUCGCAGAUAAAAAUCAUACAAUUGAUAAACAAGCAGAGAGAUAUCAGAAUGAAACUUUGGCUGUUUCAUCAAGUCAAGAGAGUAAAAAUUUUCAGAAUGAAGAUGUUCAGAAGUCUAGUGUAAUCCAAGCAGAUAGAGUUCAAAUGGAUGCUUGUGAAUCAGAUGGAGAUGACAUACAAAAUGGAAGGGCAAUCUCUCCUGGGAUGCUUGCAUUGAUGCGUGAUGAACAAGAGUCGAUGUUCGCUGUAGUUGGGUCAUCAGCGGGGGUUGCAGGUUGUUGUGAAAAGACAACUAUGAUGCCUCCUUCGAUGCAGGGCUUCAAUGAGGUUCAUCCAGAACAGGAAAGAAUUGUCUUGACAACGUUCUGGAAUUUUCUUAGCAGACUUAUUACUUGCAGAAGCAUUGAAGAGACAAUGUGUUCGCCAUUAACCAAAGUUAGAAAAGGAAGCCAACAAGAGCUGGGGCAGAAUGGCAUAACAAAAUCUAAAAAUGAAACGAUACACAAAGAACAUAAAGGCAAUGGUAUUGUGAAACCUAUUGUUACAGAUGCAGUUGAAACAUCUCAGGCAGUUCCCACGAUCACUUCUAGUAAUGGUUCGCCUCCAGAGGUUGUAUUGCCACAUGGAAUCAGAAAGGUGCUAACGAAGAUUGAUUCUAGAUAAUAAGAUCAGGAGAUGGUCCAAAGUAUAUAUUAGUGCAGUGUGUUAUAUUUGGCUAUGAAUGAUGGCUGUUUUUGACACAGAUAUAGCAUAAUUUUGCCUCACAUUGUGAGAACUGUUCAUUGCUAGAGCUUUUUUUUUUGGAUGGACACGGUAUAUGCCUCUUCUAUCAAUGAUAAUGCAG